AUGGAGGUCUACGUAGACGAUAUGCUGGUCAAAAGUCGGACCGCCAGCGAUCAUCUUUGGAACCUCUCCCUCAUGUUCUGUAAGCUGAAACAAUACAACAUGCGCUUGAACCCGAGCAAGUGUGCCUUCGGCGUCUCUUCCGGCAGAUUCCUAGACUUCAUGAUCAGCCAGAGGGGGAUUGAAGCCAACCCUGAGAAGAUCUGA